ACUAUGAGGUACCUAAUGUAUGCAAUGAUGUCUAUCCUAUGUCAGUGAUAUAAAACCGAUACGCAGCCCAAACGCCAAAAGCUGCAAGCUACUAGUGCUACUAUGUGGUGUGCUGUGCUGUGCUGUGCUGUGCAUAUGUAUGUGUGUGUGUAUGUGUGUAUGCUAUCUAACCGAUGCACCCGGAACCGAACACCACCCGUCCUUCGUUGUUCUGUAUGGAGAGACAAAAUUGGCUUAGCCAACCCUUCUAGUAGAGGUAGAUGGAUGAGGCCGGGUGGUUUAGUCUACGCCUGCGUAGAGAUCGACGACAAUGUUGACGGCUGCGACUAGGAUCUCGGCGGCGAUGAGGACGAUGACUGUAAGUACGUGUUAGUUGGUUAUCUCAGUGUACACUUCAUGGUUUGA